UGCAGAUUCAGCUUCAUUACCUGGCUUCUCCAUCAGGAAAAUAUCAGGAGUUUAUUCUCUUUCACACUAAGCUUUGCAACCAUUCAUGGAAGCUGAUGGCAAUGCUGUCGUUCCCUUGCGUCAGAAGACAAAAAAGAAAAGUCAAGGGUUCUUUACAAUGAGCCGGCGGAGGAUAUCAUGCAAAGAGCUGGGGCAAGCCGAUUGCCAAGGAUGGCUCUACAAAAAGAAGGAAAAAGGAGCUUUCAUUGGCAACAAAUGGAAAAAGUUCUGGUGUGUGCUGAAGGAGUCAUCACUGUAUUGGUAUAGCAGCCAGCUGGCUGAAAAAGCAGAAGGAUUAAUCAGACUUCCAGACUUCAGUGUGGAUCGAGCAAUUGAAUGCAAAAAAAAGCAUGCUAUUAAGAUCAGCCACCCACAGAUCAAGACAUUUUAUUUUGCAGCAGAAAAUGUUCUGGAAAUGAACAUGUGGCUAAGUAAGCUGGGGAUGGCUAUAGACCCUCAGGCACCCAAUGGGAAGAAUGAAGAAGAAUGCUACAGUGAAAGUGAACAUGAAGAUCCAGAAAUAACAGACACACCACCUCCUCCCUACACAGUCCAGCCACCACUACUUCCUUCGCAGGACCAUCAGAAGUCCUCCUUUACCUCAACUCUGUCGAGUGAAGCAUCUUGUUCUCUCUCCUCUCCUGAAAGCACUUUCAACUCCCAAGAGUCAUCAUCUUCCUUGACAUCCAAAGUGGUUUAUUCCGAGAGGCAAUCCUGGCUUGACCUAGUUAACAACUCUGCCAUGGAAGAGGGUGAUCAACCUUUAACUUUCUGUGUACAGAUUCAUUCUGAUGAGUCACCAGAAGUAGACUGUGGAGAAGUGGCAGAAAGCCAGGAGAUCCAGGAGGUCCAGCUUUCCAAGCCAGGUGGUGGAUCCCAAAAUUCGUUUUUAGGUCCGGAUACCCAUUGUCUAACUGUGCCAGAUGCAAUAGGACAGAGGUCACCAGCCAAAGAUCAGGAAAAAUGUGAUGAUGAUGAGAUGGAGAGACUUUACAAGUCAUUAGAACAAGCAAGCUUGUCUCCCAUUGGUGACCGUCGUCUGUCAACAAAGAAGGAGCUUAGGAAAUCGUUUAUCAAACGCAGCAAAAACCCCUCCAUCAAUGAGAAACUCCACAAAAUUCGAAUGCUGAACAGCACAUUAAAGUGUAAGGAACAUGACCUGGCGACUAUUAACCAGUUGUUAGAAGACCCAAAGUUGACGGCAAUGAAGUACAGAGAGUGGAGGAACACAAACAUCAUGUUGAUCCAAGAUAUUUAUCAACAGCAGGAGGCCCAGGAUGUAUCCACAGAGAACAGUGAGGAGCAAGAGAUGACUCCACAGCCUAUCACUGAAAGUGCUAUCUGAGGCUAUGGUUCGAUGGUUUAUGGCAAGAUUUUUCCCUGCAAGUCUUCACAUACAGGCACUUUAAACUACUGCUGGUGUGUUUUUUUCCAAGUGUUCUUCAAAAGGAAAACAGCUCAUUCUCCAAAACUUUAAAAUUCAUCUUGUAAAACUCAUUUCAUGUCAAAAAAAUGAAACACUCAAAUUAAAAAGGCAGGCCUGAACUUGGGCUCCAUACCUGCAAAGACUAUUUUAUGA